AUGAUCAUCACUGGUGAUGACACAGUGGGUAUCUCUAGUCUCAAACAGUUCCUCAGUCACCAGUUUGAGACAAAAGAUUUGGGUUUGUUGAGCUACUUCCUCGGCUUAGAAAUUUCUCAUGAUCCUUUUGGUUACUUUCUCACCCAAGCCAAGUAUAUCUCUGAUCUCUUAACUUGUGUUGGUCUUAUCGAUUGCAAGGCUUUAGUUGGCAGUCUUGACUAUCUUACGGCUACUCAUCUAAACAUUGCUUAUGUUGUUCACAUUGUCAGUCAGUUCAUGGCUGCUUCUCACUUUCCGCACUAUGAUGCUCUAGCAGAGGAUCCUACUGAUCGCCGCUCUACUACAGGGUUCUGCUUCUUCUUGGGUGAUUCUUUCAUUGCCUGGCGUAUCAAGAAACAAACUCUUGUUGCUCGUUCUAGUACUAAGGCUGAGUAUCGUGCUCUUGUGGAUACUACUCAAGAACUUGUGUAG